AUGCCAAAAACAAAAAAUUUAGAAUAUUAUAAGAUUUUGGCAUUAAAAACAACUGCAACUUUUAUUGAAUUAAAACAAAAAUAUCAAAAAUUAGUUUUAUCAUACUAUCCUGAUAAGAAUAUAAAUAAAACUUUAUCAGAGUAUAUCGAAGCAGAACAAAAAUUUAAAGAAAUACAAGAGGCUUACGAAUAUUUAAUUGUUAAUCAUAAAGAACCAAAAUCUAGAAAACAAAAGACAACUCUAAAGAAAAAUAUGAAAAGACAUCAAUUCCAAAGAAAAAACAUGCAUCAAAACCAAAGAAAAAAACAACUAAUAAAGUUACUAAAGAAUUAA